UCACACUCUGAACACAGCAGCACAAAACUGGACAUCUACUGUACUCUCAGCAAGAGUGUGAACUGCUUGAAGCAAAGAGCCUGUGAUAUUUUGUGGAUUUGUAGCGUCAUAUCUACUCGAGAUGGAGAAUCUGUAAUAUUUAUUGAUCGAGGGCGCUGAGAAUGAAGAGUUUGUGUCUCCUGGAAUACCCUUGAGGAAAUUACCUGUGUGAUUUUUGUGACAUGUGGAUUCACAUUUUUUUCUGCCUAAACUUCAAUUUUUAUGGAUCUUUGGGGAGAAAUGUAGAAAUAUCCAGAUAACCAGCACGAGUCAGCCGCGACAGCAUUUGGGAGUAUUCUCUAUCAACAUCUCAGUGGGAUUGUAUUAUUAUUAUUAUUAAAUAAACCAAUCUAGCAAUCAGUCUUUUGUUAAUAACCAUACAGAGCCCAAAGCGGAGGUCUUCCUGAGACGGAUAAAUCGGGACGCAAAACACGAUAAUAAAUUACAUUUUCCAUCGAAUUGGUCAGACAUCAGUGUAGGAACAUCUUGUCAGAAUGCUGUUCAAGCUGAAGUUGUUGCGCUCGGGGUGGGGUGGAGUCACGGACUCACGACACGGAGCAGUCACCAUUGCCUUCUGUGCCUUCUUUAUGCAAGUGUUUGUGGAAGCUAGCUCAUGGUGGUCUCUAGCGAUGAAUCCCCUCCUGAUACCAGAAGCGUAUAUCAUAGGAGGACAGCCACUGUGCAGUCAACUAGCAGGUCUGUCCAAAGGUCAGAAGAAGCUUUGCCAGCUGUACCAAGAUCAUAUGCAGUUCAUUGGAGAGGGCGCCAAGACAGGCAUCCGGGAGUGCCAAUACCAGUUUCGCAACCGCCGCUGGAACUGCAGCACAGUGGACAACUCCUCAGUGUUUGGCAGAGUCAUGCAGAUAGGGAGCAGAGAGACAGCAUUCACAUAUGCUAUCAGCGCCGCUGGCGUGGUCAAUGCAGUGAGCCGUGCCUGCAGAGAGGGAGAGCUGUCGAGCUGUGGCUGCAGCAGGGCAGCGAGACCUAGAGAUCUGCCACGAGACUGGCUGUGGGGUGGCUGUGGUGACAACCUCAAUUAUGGAUACCGCUUCAGCAAGGAGUUUGUGGAUGCACGUGAACGGGAAAAAACUUUCACCAAAGGCUCUAUGGAGAGUGCACGACUGCUGAUGAACCUUCAUAACAAUGAGGCAGGACGGAGGAUAGUAUCAGAUCUCGCCCAUGUGUCCUGUAAGUGUCAUGGCGUGUCCGGCUCCUGCAGCCUUAAAACGUGCUGGUUGCAACUUGCUGAUUUCCGCAAGGUGGGUGACACACUGAAGGAGAAAUACGACAGCGCCGCUGCCAUGAGGCUGAACAGCCGUGGGAAGCUUGUUCAAGUUCACUCCAAAUUUAAUUCUCCUACCAGCAAUGACCUGGUGUACAUCGACCCCAGUCCAGAUUACUGCGUAGAGAACAAAACUUCCGGCUCUUUAGGAACUCAAGGUCGCCUCUGUAACAAGACAUCAGAAGGCAUGGAUGGCUGCGCGCUCAUGUGUUGCGGUCGAGGGUACGAUCAGUACAAAACAGAGCUGGUUGAGCGCUGCCACUGCAAGUUUCACUGGUGCUGCUACGUCAAAUGCAAGCGCUGUUCACGAAUAGUUGACCAGUUUGUGUGCAAGUAGUACAACGCAUGUAAUGAGAGCAUGUGAAAGAAGAUGAGAAGGAAAAACGAAAUAAAUUAUUUUUAUAGAGGUGAAAUCAUCAUGAGACUAAUUGGUUUUUGCUAUCAAUUUCUAAGUAUUAGGUACAAGACAUCUAAAAACUGCAAAUAUCAUUAAUUUAUUUAUUUUUUGAUAAAUAUGAUUUUGAAAUACUCUGUAUUCAGGCUGUUUUCAUUUAUAUUGCAUAUCAGAGUCUUUCAGUCUGGGCACUAACAUUCAGAUGAGAAACCAUAAAAUAAAAUAAAUUCCCUGUAAAAUAUGUCAACUACAUUAAAACCAGAUCAUUUUAUUUGAGAAUAAAUUUGUUUUGAGAAAAUGUCUUAAAUUGUCAGUGGUUUCUAUUAUUACUCAAUUUAUGCUUAUAAAACAAAAUUAAUCAAACUGCUAAUGGUUUAAGAUAUAUAUAAAUUUGAUUCCCGAUAUAUUAUCCGAAAACAAGUUUUAUCUUACACAAUUUUACUUUUCAAGUAAAAGUACCUUGAUUUAGAAAGAACAAGAUAAUAAAGAAAUACAGUUGAAUUAGGUUAGAUCAAGUUAGGGAGAUAUAAACAGUGUGCACACUUCAUCUCACACUUUGUGGAUUUGCAUUAAAAAUCCAACAGAUUGUAUGCAUUGUGGUUCAUCUACUUCUUUUGCAACAGGUUUUCUAUAGUAAACAAUAUAAUUUCUGUGCAAUACCUUCACAUUUUUGUGCAGUUGCUGUAAAUAAAGUCA